CCGAAUGCUUUGCUCCCCACUUGCCUCGUAGGUAUAUACUUUGAGCAUACAUGCACCUGCACAUGGGCGCAGCGCGAGAGGUCUCCUCCAUCUUGCGCAAGAUAUGUAGAUGGAGAAGUACCACGAGUGAGGCACAUCUUCGGCUGCAUGCGAGUCUCCAAGAGAGAGCUUGUGGCAGGUGCAGCCGAUCCACGCCCCAAGCCUCGCUCCUCUUCAGCCAGGGCACUGCGUGUAAGUACUGGUACUUGCGAGCCUGCACGCAGACAAGACAGCACACCUUACAUAUCUCCAGGGCAGAUGUUGGAGAUUGCAUCUCAGCUUCCAAGGACCUGGUGCCUACUUAGUCCUGCGUGCUAUCUCAUGUACGAAGGAGCGCGUGGCCAUGGUGGGAUUCAGACCCCAAUUUACCCGCCAAGUCGGAUAGCCAGAGUCAGCGGCAGACCUGUUGUCCCGUUGCUCAAGAGGGGGGGGGUUGGAGAGGAGGACGACAGAGCCGCCUUCUGCUCGCUCGCCAGCGCAAUACGAAGGCAUCGCGCUAGCCUCUGCUCUUUGCCUACAUGUAUGUACUGUGCAGACGCGGUUGGCGGGACGCUGUGGACAUCUGCAGCGGGCGGCCUUGGGCUCUGUGUAACGGCGUGUCAAAUGUCAAGUCCAGGGAGGUGGUAUUGAGAGGCAGCGGCUAGCAAGGUGAGACGACGAGUUUAUUGAAUCCGUCAGAUGCAGACAUCGUCAUCCGCCUCGGCGGCGCAGCCAGCCAGCAGAUUGCGCGACAAGGUUAGGUGGACAGC